AUGACUCUUCAACUUUUUGAUGAAUCGAAAGCUGGAAUUCAGGGCCAGGGAGAACCUCUAGCUCUGACGUUGGACAGUCCAGAAAUAGUAACGCACAACGACGGCCCACUGACUAGAGUGACACCAGAACGCUCUGAGGGCGAUCUCUCAGGGAGCAUUCAGUUGAGAAGUACCCAUCAGCUCUGCCUCGCAUGCAAAACUUGCUUGAGCUAUUUCUGCAACUCACAGGAUGAUCCAAAACGAAAGAAGAACAACAUGCUACACUCCAGUUCUCUCGCAACGGUUUUCACGUCUACAGAAAGACAAUGCGCUAUUUGCUGUCAACUCAGAAACAAAAUUAGCGAGCUGAACCCAGAACUGGGUCCAAGUGUAUACUCAGACUACAGUAUUGUGUGCUGCUGGAGCACGCCCAGAGACGAAGACGAAGAGACGAAGAUGUGGAUGGUGUUGUUCAAGUCACCGGUCCCAAAUUCACCAAUACAUAGCUACAAACAGAUAUUGCAGCUGGGUCUGUGCUCGAAGAAGAACUUUGGUCAAUACUUCGACACCAACACGAACCAUGGAGAGUCCACUGAUGCUGACUCGAAUGAAAGUACUGAGGGCACUAAUGAUAGUGCUUGCACCAAGGAACUGGCUGUAUCGUGGCUGGCACGGUGCAUUCAGAACACUGAUGGACAACACGAUAUUUGUAACAAGGGCGACCAAGACUACAUUCCCACCCGUCUUCUAGAUGUACAACAUGCUCUAGAGAAUAAUGUGGUGCGUCUAGUGUGUCCUAAUAAGGAAGAUGAGAAAUUCAAGGGCGUCGAAUAUGCGACUUUGAGUUACUGCUGGGGCCCUCAUGCAGCUGAACAAAACCCCAUGCUCUUGGCGAACAAUCUCGAAACUUGGCAAACCGAGGGAUUUACCUGGAAUCGACUACCAAAGACUUUCCAAGACGCCUUCAAAAUCGCGUCUUGGUUAGGUUUGAAGUGGAUCUGGAUCGAUUCAAUGUGUAUUAUCCAGGACUCCAAAUCAGAUUGGAAAAUUGAGACGAAAGCGAUGGAUCAAAUUUACUCAAACGCAAAAGUCAAUAUUUCAGCUGAUACUGGGGAGGACAGUCGGUCAGGCUGCUUUGUGCAACGAAGAUUGACCGACGUCACUCCGCUCCAAUUUGCUACCCAAGAUCUCGGAGAUGAGUGGAUAGUAACCACGGACGACACACUCGAAUGGACGGAGUCUGCGCCUUCGUGCAAGCGAGCCUGGAUUCACCGCGAGAGACAACUAUCGAGGCGAAUUCUGCAUUACCUUUCAAACAAAUCUGUUUUCCAUGCUUCGGACUUACCUUAUAUACUCUGGGGCUUGGCUUUUGAGUUCCACACUCUUUUCAACGGCGAGGAAUAUGUCUGCGGACAUUGGGGGUCCAAUCUGGCUGAGUCGCUCACAUGGUGGAUACCUGGUUUGAAGACAGAGCAUGAUGGAUACCUGGCGCCUUCAUGGUCUUGGAUGAGUGCUGGAUGUCCGGUACAGUUAGCAAAACUUCAUCCGAAUCGGCAUAGGCGAGCUGUCGUCGACAUACAAUCCGUCUCCAGAGCCUACGAGUCACGCCCCGAUAAUGGCUUCGGUAAACAUGCCCCCGGGUCGUCUAUUUCCGUACAUGGCUUCUUGCGUAAGCUACGCUUUGACUAUGGCGAAGAUAACGACGUCAAUUUGAGUGUGGUUGAGGAGGAUAGAGAUGGUAAUGAUCGUAUCCGCCACAUAGGUCGACACAGGAAUCUCAUGGAUGACCAAACAUUCCGCUUGACGAUGGACCACUGUCAGAAACUGCCUUUUUGUGGUCUAGAUUGCUACGCUCUAUUCACGACGUUGCAGGAAACGGAAGACUGCGGACGACAACUCUCUUGUGUCUUACUAGAGCACGACUCGGUGAUUCACAACGGGCCUUAUCAUUAUCAUAAGUAUAAGAGGAUUGGUACAAUGGAUACCAUCGGCGAUUUGUACAGCUUCAAACUUCGUUAUCGGGUUGCACCAUCGGUAAAGGUUCCUGAUGCCGGCGUGUCACUAAUGGAUUCGGGGGAUACUUGCAAGGUAGAAUACGUUUCAGGGGAUAUAUGGAACUUACUUUCACAGUACCUCGGAUGUGUCCGUUGGGACGUCAUAAGUCGGUUCAAGGAGAGCGGAAUGCCAGAUACAAAUGGAUACUCAUCCUUAGAGGAGGAUGAGGAGGAUGAUGAGGAUGAGAGCGAAUGGGAAGAAGAUUCUUUGCCGUCUCUACGUCAGAGUGUAACCAGGAUCAACGACAACGAAGAGGAGACAGGAGUACCGCCGGUAUUUCCCCAGGCAUUGACCGAGUGUAAAGGCUUACCAGAUGAUAUCAACACCGCUGUUGAGGAACAACAAAUCGAAGAUGCUAGUGAGAAGCACCGUCAAAGGCUACGGGACUUGCGUAACAUAGUUCUGUGUAUCCAUGACCACCCAUUCUCGGGUCUAGUGAACAUCACGGAUACCGAGAAUGCAACCGAAGCAACGGAUCGCAUGCAGCAAGUAUUGUCAUUCGAAUCACAGACAGUGGCUUAUGGAACCAAUAUGCGGGAAGACCCAGGGGAAGUCUUGUAUCAGUUUGAUGAUGUGCUAGACAAGUGGCAGAAGACUCACGGUGUAGUCCCUUGGUUGGAGCGGUUGGAGACUUCUGUAUUUACGAUAGUUUGA